AUGGUCAUAAGAAUUAUAGAUACGAUUGAAGGACAGUUGAGACUCCAACAAAAAUUUAGACUAUUCUCACUCACUCAUAUAUUCUCAGGAUAUAAUGGAAAAUUAAAUAAACGCGGAUUAAAGACAAUUUUGCAUGACAUAAACGAAUUUAUAAGAACAUUUGAUGAUGUAACAUUGAGUGAAAAUCGACGAAUAGAAGAUAUCUCUGAUUUAAAAGAAUACUGGGAAAAAGAUGGCCUGGUUGAAGACGUACUGCAGCAACUUGUAAUCGAUUUUGGAGGAGAGGAGUCAUCCGACAGCGAGAUCGAAAGUGAAGAAGAAGACAUUUUAGACCAUGAUAUUGUACCAAUUAUUUAUAGUGAAGAUGAAUUUUGA